AACAAUUAGAGGCGCUACCUUCCAACUAUUAAGAUAAGAGAGAAAGGCUAGCGACAGGUUGCCGAAAAUAUGAUAGAUUUCUUUCUGUAUUAGUGCUUUUUGCGUUUUCUUCCCUUAUUUAGUAUCGUUUUGAAAUAUUAAUAUCAUUAGGAGCAUUAAUUUCUCAUUAUUCUUUUAUGGAUUUUAUUAUUUAUUAUUCCAUUAUCGCUUUAAUCACAGUUAAAGGCAAAGCACUUACCGUAAGAUAAUAAUGUACCAAAUUUCCUCGACUUCUUCGCAUUCCAGCGAAAGGAAGAAGAUGAAGCUAAAAUGGGAAUCAAUCUCUACGCUUCACCAAAAUGUGUUUCUCAUAAAGCUCGUCUCUGCUAUUCUUAUAACCGCUCUCUCUUUUCGUUUCUUCUUCUUCCGCUUCGGCCAAUUUUCCCCAGUUCAAGUGUCCGUCAACGGAAACUCCGAUCCUCUGAUUUCGCCGCCUUCGGUUAUAUCGGAUAACGAUGAUCUUAUUCCCGCUGAUAUUGUGGUGGAGAAGUGUGAUCUCUUCACUGGGAAAUGGAUCAAAGACCCUUUAGGACCAAUCUACACUAAUGACUCAUGUGGUAUCGUCGUAGAUGCUCACCAGAAUUGCAUCACCAAUGGUCGGCCUGACUCUGGUUUUCUCUACUGGAAAUGGAAGCCUAACGACUGCUCCUUGCCUCGCUUUGAUCCUCAGAAGUUUCUUCAACUUAUGAGGAACAAAUCUUGGGCUUUUAUUGGUGACUCCAUUUCUCGUAACCAUGUCGAGUCUUUGCUUUGCAUGCUAUCUACAGUUGAAAAACCGGUUGAAGUGUACCAUGAUGAGAACUAUAGAUCAAAGCGUUGGCUUUUUCGUUCGCACAAUCUUACAGUAUCAAACAUUUGGUCACCGUUUCUCGUUGAAGCCGCCAUUUUCGAAGACUCAAACGGUGUCUCUUCAGCUGCAGUCCAGCUUCACCUCGACAGACUCGACAAGACAUGGACCGAUCUGUUUCCGAGCCUCGACUAUGCGAUCAUCUCUUCCGGGGAAUGGUUCUUGAAAACCGCCGUCUACCACGAGAACGCUAGUCUUGUCGGCUGCCAUGGCUGCCCGGAAAGCUCCAACAUGACGGAUUUAGGAUUCGACUAUGCUUACAACACAUCCUUGCGUCACGUUAUGAACUUCGCCGCGAGAUCCAACACUAAAGGCAUGAUCUUUUUCCGGACUUCGAUACCGGAUCACUUUGAAAACGGAGAAUGGCAUAACGGCGGGAAUUGUAAGAAAUCAGAACCGGUGAGCGAGGAGGAGGUUGAGAUGAAGGUCUUGAACAAGAUUUUGAGAGAUGUUGAGAUUAGUCAGUUCGAGAGAGUGGUUAUGGAGAUGGGUCAGGAGAUGGGGAACUUUAAGCUUUUGGAUUUUGCCAGAAUGUUGCUGACUCGACCCGAUGGACACCCUGGUGCGUACCGAGAGUUUAGGCCGUUUGAUAAGGACAAGAACGCUAAGGUACAGAACGAUUGUCUGCAUUGGUGCUUGCCUGGUCCGAUUGAUUACUUGAACGAUGUUAUAUUGGAGAUCGUUGCGAAUGGUAGAAUAGGGAAAUAGCCGAUUUGAUUGUAUCUUAGUCAAUGGCUGCAUUGAAAACACCGGUUGGAUCUCGGUCGUGUAAAUUGGUAAAGUUGUAACCGGAUAGAGGAAUGGAAAACCAGUUUGGUUCACAAUUUUUGUAAAGCGAUUGUUCGUGGUUUUCGGUUAUGUGGAAAAAGUUUAGGAGAUUGCAAGUGAAUAUUAAAAUAUUUUCUAAACCGAGUUUAG